GAUGUACCUCAGUAUGCUAUACUCUCGCACACGUGGGGGCCGGACGAUGAGGAGGUCGUCUUCAAAGAUGUGGAAAACGGGACGGGGAUGAACAAGGCUGGUUACAGCAAGAUACGCUUCUGCGCCGAUCAAGCAAGCCGCGAUGGCCUCAAACACUUUUGGGUCGAUAGUUGCUGCAUCGACAAGUCGGAUAGUGUUGAGCUGUCAGAGGCCAUCAACUCAAUGUUCCGUUGGUACAGCAAUGCCGCUCGGUGUUAUGUCUACCUCUCAGAUGUUUCAAUUGCCAAUCCUGAAGAGGCCAGCGAGCUCAAGCUACUAUACGAAUGGGGGAAUAAUUUCGAAAACAGCAGGUGGUUCACUCGCGGCUGGACACUCCAAGAGCUCCUUGCCCCCAAGACGGUCGAGUUCUUUACCAAGGAAGGCUGGAUGCUUGGCAACAAGGGACUCUUAGCCCAGAAGAUUCAUGUGAUAACGGGCAUCGCCAUUCCGGCUCUUCUUGGUCAACCUCUGUCUACCUUUACGGUUGAGGAAAGACUGGGAUGGGCCGAGAAAAGAUCAACCACACGCGAAGAAGACUGGGCAUACUCUCUCUUGGGCAUUUUUGGCAUCUUCAUGCCGCUUAUAUACGGUGAGGGGAAGGGCAAUGCGACGCGCAGGCUCAAAGCCGAGCUC